ACCUUUCAGCUAUUCCUGUUUGUGUUUGAUGCUUGGGAGGAAGGUGUUGGAGAGCCUAGGGUUUCUGCGCAGUUGUGGUGGCAAACAUGACUUGGCGAUGCCAAAGGCUUUGCGUGCUUUCAUUUGCUAUAUUUGCCUUUACUGGUGCUGACGGCUAUGUAGUCAGGACUAAAGACACUGCACAGGAUGGACUUGUCUAUAGUAAAGAUUGGGUACCUCUCCCACCCUCAGAAGACACUACCACUGAAACCAAACCCAGUGGAAAUCCUUCUGGUAGUUCUGCACCUCGACCCCAGCUGCUUGGCUCCUCUAAUGGCAUUGUGGCAAGUAAGAAUGCUGUUCGCCUUCAGGACUCUUUAGAUAGUCUUCAGUCUGCACCCAGUGCUCAAGGCCUCUCUGGACAGUAUACUCCUACCUCUCAGCAACAGGACAUCAUCUGGACUAGACCAUCUUCAGGCAGUCAAGCUAUUUCUCUGCCUUCUCAACCUCAAAGGUCACCGGAACCACUUGUUCAUGCUUCCCAGGCUAGGCCAUUGAGCUCUUCCCAGCCUCAGCUUUUAGGUGGUAGCUUGACUUCUCCUUCCCAAGGUGCUUUCCUGCAACAAUUAAGGGCAAGACUGCUAACUGGUCAAGGUGCUAGUGUCACAUUGAACAAUGUAAGGCCUGUCAGUGACCUUGCUCAACAAAGUGGAAGCCCAUAUAUGAGCAUGCCUUCUCAAGCUUCAAGCACAGGGCCAACCUAUAGCAGUUUCCAGCCUGGCUUUCAGAGUGCCUUAUUUCCUAGUGCCCCAACUGGUCAAUACAAAGCCCCAUCCAGCAGCCUUAGACCUGGCAGUGACUUUGCCCAACAAAGCAGUUCCCAGUCUGGCUUUCAACCUGUAAGCACAGGCCAGACCGCUAGCAGUUUCCAGACUGGCUUUCAGACUGCCCCAUCCCAAUUUCCUAGUGCCUUAAUUGGUCAAUAUACAGCCCCUAGUCAAGGAGCCCCAUCCAGCAGCCUUAGACCUGCCAGUGACUUUGCCCAACAACCUUCUCAAUAUGUAGGCACAAGCCAGACCACUAGCAGCUUCCUGCCUGGCUUUCAGACUGCCCCAUCCCAAUUUCCUAGUGCCUUAAUUGGUCAAUAUACAGCCCCUAGUCAAGGAGCCCCAUCCAGCAGCCUUAGACCUGCCAGUGACUUUGCCCAACAACCUUCUCAAUAUGUAGGCACAAGCCAGACCACUAGCAGCUUCCUGCCUGGCUUUCAGACUGCCCCAUCCCAAUUUCCUAGUGCCUUAAUUGGUCAAUAUACAGCCCCUAGUCAAGGAGCCCCAUCCAGCAGCCUUAGACCUGCCAGUGACUUUGCCCAACAACCUUCUCAAUAUGUAGGCACAAGCCAGACCACUAGCAGCUUCCUGCCUGGCUUUCAGACUGCCCCAUCCCAAUUUCCUAGUGCCUUAAUUGGUCAAUAUACAGCCCCUAGUCAAGGAGCCCCAUCCAGCAGCCUUAGACCUGCCAGUGACUUUGCCCAACAACCUUCUCAAUAUGUAGGCACAAGCCAGACCACUAGCAGCUUCCUGCCUGGCUUUCAGACUGCCCCAUCCCAAUUUCCUAGUGCCUCAAUUGGUCAAUAUACAGCCCCUAGUCAAGGAGCCCCAUCCAGCAGCCUUAGACCUGCCAGUGACUUUGCCCAACAACCUUCUCAAUAUGUAGGCACAAGCCAGACCACUAGCAGCUUCCUGCCUGGCUUUCAGACUGCCCCAUCCCAAUUUCCUAGUGCCUCAAUUGGUCAAUAUACAGCCCCUAGUCAAGGAGCCCCAUCCAGCAGCCUUAGACCUGCCAGUGACUUUGCCCAACAACCUUCUCAAUAUGUAGGCACAAGCCAGACCACUAGCAGCUUCCUGCCUGGCUUUCAGACUGCCCCAUCCCAAUUUCCUAGUGCCUUAAUUGGUCAAUAUACAGCCCCUAGUCAAGGAGCCCCAUCCAGCAGCCUUAGACCUGCCAGUGACUUUGCCCAACAACCUUCUCAAUAUGUAGGCACAAGCCAGACCACUAGCAGCUUCCUGCCUGGCUUUCAGACUGCCCCAUCCCAAUUUCCUAGUGCCUUAAUUGGUCAAUAUACAGCCCCUAGUCAAGGAGCCCCAUCCAGCAGCCUUAGACCUGCCAGUGACUUUGCCCAACAAAGUGGAAACUCAUUCCUGAGUGGACCUUCUCAAGCUGCAAGUGCAAAACAGACAUCUAGCAGUUUCCAAACUGGCUUUCCGGGUGCUGUAUCCCAAUUUCCAAGUACCUCAAGUGGUCAAUAUGGAGCCCCUCAAGGUGCUGGCAUUGCAUCCAUUAGCCCGAGGCCUGCCAGUGACUUUGCCCAACAACCUUCUCAAGCAUUAAGCACGAGGCAGACCUCUAGCAGUUUCCAGACUGGCUUUCAAAGUGCAUCAUCCCAAGUACCUAGUGCCCCAAGUGGUCAGUAUGGAGCCUCUCAAGAUUAUGGCAUUGUGUUCAGUAGCCUAAGGCCUUCCAGUGACUUCGCUCUACAAAGUGGAAGCCCAUUCCUGAGUGCACCUUCUCAAACUACAGGCACAGGGCAGACAUCCGGCAGCUUCCAGCCUGGCUUUCAGAGUGCAUUUACCCAACUUCCAAGUGCUCUAUAUGUGCCCUCUCUUGCUAGCCCUGACCUGUAUAAUCAAGGAAGUCAGACAACUGGGGCUUAUCUGUGGCCUCAAGGGGGUUCUGGAAGUAGUCCUCAGAGCCAGGGAACCCAAGAACAGCCUAGCUUCAGCCAAGACAGGUCUAGAUCACUGGCACAGGUAACAUCCAGUGGCUCAUCUGCUUUAGGAUCAACAGGCUUCUACAGUGGUUCUGCAAGCCCUAGCUCAACUGGUAUUGAUCCGCCUUAUAGGCCUCUACUGAAGAGGUUCUGUCCUCGGUGACUCUUCAUUUAAGCAAUGAAUACUGAAUGGUUUGCUUGCCAGUCUUGUCUGUUUUUUCGAAUCAAUAAAUGUGUUGUCUUUA